AUGGGCGACCAUAUUUCGGGCCGUGCAGAGGCCCUAUUAGCGUUCAUUAUCAAAAAAUAUCCAGAUGCGUACAAGGAGUUCACCGAGGUGAACCCUGAAGUAAACCCCACCGUUUUCGAUACGGACAGCCCGGCCUCACCGGACUGUCCAAAAAGCAAUCCAUGUGACAUGGAUUGCUCGCCAAUCGGCUCGGAAGCCGAGUCAGACACGACGCCGUCCUCCUCGGACACAGAGGAGGAUAACGACGGGUUCAAACCCGUCCUUACCAAAUCUGGUAAGAGGAAGGCGGCAAAAUCACUAAAGGCGCCGCCGCCAAACAAAAAACCAUCGACCCCAGCAGCUGCCGGUGCAGCUGCGCACGCACCUGCGGGCACACCUGUGUCCGCUCCUGCGGAGACGGCUCCGGAGGAGAACCUAGAUCGGCUCAUCAAGAAGCAUUUCGCCAUAGAGUCGUUUGGGGUACAACCGCGUCGACCUACAACCGACGCGGAGGGCAAGGCGCGCCAGAUAUUAGAAAGUACCACCAAGCAGCUGAGAGAUGGUCGUUUCGAAACUGGCCUCCUGUGGCGGAACGAAGAUGAGCCGACUCCGGAUAACCUGAGGUCAACAGAAAACCGGCUGCGCCACAUUGAAAGGAAGCUGGACAGGGACCCGAAGCUCAAAGCGGAAUACGGGAGGCAAGUCCAGCACCUGCUGGACAGCGGGUACGCCGACGAGGUUCCAGAAGACGGCGGCUCGGCGAGAAGAUGGUAUCUGCCGCAUUUUGCCGUGACCCAUCCCACAAAAAGAAGAUUAGACCGGUCUUUGACGCCGCUGCGAAGUUCAACGGGAAAAGUUUGA